CUAUGAAACUCAUGACCAAAACAAACAUGGCGCCAACAUACGCGGUGGAAAGCGUGAUAAAGAUAAUAGUUUGUGUUUCCUUGCCUGUGCGUUAAUUCGAUUGGACCAGUUGUACUUCUCCUUGAGGCUGGUGCAGCAAAUGGGAUGUAACUGAGCCUGCAAACAACUAUGGACUGUGUGGGGACACAUUGAAAGCAACGUGUCAUGGGACCAGUAAACGUUGUCAUUUCCACCGUUGGGAAAUGCCUCGAUGCAGUUUGCUUAAUGCUGGACGUCAAUUUCCUCCUCGUCCACACGGUAGUCCGCUCUGUCCUGGCUGUGUACCACUUUAUAAUCAACCUACCCGCGCUCUUGGUUUACUCCCUUUUGGAGCUGGGCAACUUAGUGCUGUUCUGCUUGCUUUCCACUGUGGAAACGACGUCCCACAUUGCACAUGGCACCGCGGCAGUGCUGGGGAGCAUCAUGCUGUCUCUAGAGGGGCUUCUGGAGAGCUUGAAGAUGGUGGGUUACCUGUUCACGCACGUGCUGCUCCGGGGCAAGGAGCAGCUGUGUCGAGGGUUGCUCUUGCUGCUGGAGGCGUGUGGCAUCAUGCUCAGCCUCCUGGUGUACCUGGUUAACACUGUGGUCAACUACGCCCUCAUCGCCGCCCUCAACCUCUACUCGGCUGUGGUCAGCGUGUGGCAGACCGUGUCAAGCCCGCUGCAAAUGGCGUUAGAGCUCACGCUGACCGGCGUCACCUUCCUGUACAGCUGCCUGAUGGGCACGUCGGCCUUCCUCUGGUCCCCUUGUAAGAUGGUGUUGGACUUCCUGGCUUCGCUGGUGCACAUCUUCAUCAGUAUCUUUAUACUGAACAGGUACGGCUUGGCGCUUACAGUCGGCAUCGCGCUGACGACCACCGCCUACCUUAAUCCGGGAGUCACUCGACAUUCGUCACGGCGACUCGCGGCUUAUGUUAACUCCUUCCCGGCCGCACGGAGACUUUUCACGAUGCUUCAUUUAACCCCGGAUUUCAUUCACGCCGGCAUGCAUCACUUGCACCGAUUGUCGCUUCACCUUUACCGUCUGGAGAGAAGAAUCUGGCGACGCCUGUCUCGCCAUUGCAGCGCCUUGAGCCUGGCGCUGAGGACACAGCUCCAAAGGGAGAAUAGAGCAGACGGUGAGGAAAACAGGCGAGACCCACCUGACGGGAGAGCAGGCGACCAGCAACCGAUGACGUCCAGCACGGCCAGACCUCUCAAGGCGGACAAGCUGCGUCCGCCUGUGGCCGAGAACCUUCUGACGUUGUUGAAUGAGCAGGAGCAGCGAAAGAUGUGCGUCAUCUGUCAUGACUGCGCCAAAACGGUGGUGUUACUGCCUUGCAGGCACCUGUGCUUGUGCCGAGGCUGCACUGACAUUCUGCUGCAUCAACCGUUUUACCAGCAGAAUUGCCCGUUGUGUCGCCGCAUAAUAUUCGACACCAUUGAAGUGUACCUCUGAAGCAGUACAAUAAGUCUACUUGGGCAUUUUUCUUACUACAGAUAGGCUUUUUUCCCCUAACUCAUUCAGGCCCUUUGACUAUCCGUUUAGACUGGGAGGGCUUGAAAAAAAAAAAAGAUCACUUGUGACUUCAUUAAUGGUGGAAUGGACAACAUAUUCUUAGGCAAGAAAUGUGUUUAAUUCCCCUUUAACUGUUUGAUUUUUUUUUUAAAAUAUAAAGUGGUCUUUUUUUUAAUAUAUAUCAGCCAUGACUGUCUUCACUGUGACUCUUAAAUGGCCGUUUGAACUAAUUGCCUUCUUUACUAUGUUAUUUCCUCCCUGUAUUAUCCUAAGAAAAAAUUGUAAACAGCCAAACUCCAAAAUUGUUUGAAAAUAAAAACAUUCUAGUUGUAACGAUUGGGUAACUUUUGUCCCGAAGGACCAGUGUUUAUUGAAAAUGGUAGAUGGAGUCCAUCUGCAGUUGAUGUAUUCAUUCCAGGACUGCUCAUUGUUAGACGUUUGAUUAUUUUCAAAAGAUGUCAAAUCACUAAUUAGGAUGGAAAAAUCUUGGACCUUUUUUCGGUGUUAAGUUUUCCUAGUUUCAAUUGUUAAUAGUUAAAAAUACAUAGGAAUGAGACCACGCAUGUGUUCCUUCAUUUGUGCUGAUAAGACUAAAAUAGCUGUACUCAACCAGGUAAAUGUGGAUGACUGUUUAGCUGAUUUUUCAAGUUGGGCGGGGUUAAUAAAAAGGUGCAGUUGACAGUGUUAAAUAUAUUGUUUUGAGUUAUUUUGAAAAGUGAUUGAAUAGCGACAUUGUCCGCAAGAUGUCUGCGGCUGGCAAUUACGGAAUGUAUGUACAUGGAGAGAUAAAAGUGUGACAAGGAAAUGCAAAUGCCACUUUUGUCUUGAAUAUCAACAUGUGAACCUCUUGGAAUCUGCUGAGCCGUUAAAAAUGUUUCGCUUGUUUUUAUGUUCGUGCGUCAUAUAAAUUUUCAUUUUUUAGAAUAUUCUAUUUCAACCACUUAGCCUGUUUUUUCAGUUUACCUUAAUUUUCUUUUUUACAUUUGUAAGGGGAAAAAAAAUCCCCAACAUAUUUGCCUUUCUUUCCACAAAAUCCAUAAAAUGCCUUUCUCAUGUGUAGCGUUAGAAAUUAUUGUACAUGAUUCCACCUGUUUUUGAAGUGUUCUGUUUUUAUUCAGUUUACAAUUCUCUGAGAAUACUGUUAUUGUUGUAUGUAAUAUGCCCUGAAAAUUUCCAUCUACGUGUUGACUUGUUUUUGUAUUUUUUGCUGUACCUAAUUUUAUGUCUUGCAUGCUUUAUGAUUGACAAUAAUAUUAACAAUAUGUUAGUCACAUCCCUCUCAGGUAUUUCUGCAAUGCCGUUAAAGUAUGACAUUCUUAUGAACGCAGCAGUGGAACAAAUGUACGGUAUGUGACAAUUGAGACUGUGAUUUGACACUUGAAUGCUGUAUUCGUAAUAAAACGGCAAUAAAUAAGAUUUUUGUGUUGUCUGCAUGAAAGGUUAUAACUAGAUAUUUUUUUAUCGUACUUGUCCUGUGUAAGGUAAAAGAUUACGUA